AUUUCCUUCUGCAAAUACCGCAGAGAACAACUCAGUCUCCAGUCUUCAGAUUUGUUUUUGCUAUUUCCAUUACUUACCCAUUGUCCAGCCUCACCAGUGCGUGAUCGGACAUUUUCUCAUAAUCAACAGUUGAAAAAUUGGCUGCUCAACAUAUUUUUUGCAUAUUUAAAUUUACAAAAAAAUAAAAAAGAAGAAAAUGUCGAAGUGCCGUCAGAACUACCAUGAUGAAACCGAAGCUGGGAUUAACAAGCAGAUCAAUAUUGAAUUGUUUGCCCAUUAUUCCUAUUUGGCUUUGGCUGCUUUCUAUGAUCGUGAUGAUGUAGCUCUUAAGGGAUUCUCAAAGUUCUUUAUGGAUUCUGCUAAAGAAGAACAUGAACAUGCUGACAAAUUCAUUAAGUACCAACACUUGCGUGGAGGAAAAGUUGUAUUUCAACCCAUUGACCGCCCUGCACAGGAUAGUUGGGAUACUACACUUGCUGCCAUGGAAUAUGCUCUCAAUAUGGAAAAGCAAGUGAAUCAGGCUCUGCUGGAUUUACAUAAAGUGGCUUCUAGUCACAAUGAUUCCCAUCUGACAAAUUUCUUGGAAGAAGAAUAUCUCAAAGAGCAGGCUGAAUCUAUGAAUAAGUUAGCGAAGAUGGUUACUAAUUUGCAGCGCGUCGGAGAAGGCCUGGGUGUCUACGUUUUCGAUAAAGAUUUGCAAGAAUGAUUUGAUAUCAUUGCAGAAUGCUAUAUGCAGUUUGGAAUGCACUAGUAGCAUGUGGUGUUGGCUGUUUAUGCCCUUUGCCAAUUAAGCUCUUACUGGCAAUAUGUAUCUUUCAUUUAUAUUCUCGUUUUCUUUUACUUCGAAUAUUACGGAAAUAAAAGCGGAUUAAUCAAG